AUGGAUCGCCCUCGAUCGCAGAGCCACUUGUCAGACGUCACGGUCCUGGCAGACUCCACCAGCCGCGCCCACCAAGAAUGCCGCGGCCGCGAGGCCGCCAUUGCGGCCGACCUGGCAGUGCGAAGCGAGCAAGGGCGCGCCGCCGAACGUCGCGCAGCGGCGGCCGAGGCAGCGCGCGCGCAGCUCGAGGCGGACGCGGCGGCGGAGCGCGCACGGCUGGAGGCGGAGGCGGCGCGCCUGAGGGCACGACUCGCGGCGGCGGAGGAGCGCGAGAAAGCAACUGAAGAUGCCCUUGGCGCGGAGCACGCGCGGCGCAUGUGGCUGGAGACGGAGUCAGUCAAGGUCGGGCUGCUGCGGCACACAGCGCGGGGCCCCGGGUCUGAUGAGGAGGCGGCGCGGCAGCACGGGGAGCUGGCGCUGCUGCUCAAGCAGCUGGUGCACAACGGCGACGUGCUGCUGGCCGUCUGUGACAGGGGGGUGACCUACCCCCAUGACUUCCUGACGCCCUGGGUGCACCAGGUGCGUCGCCUGGGCCUGGCCAACAUCUUGGUGCUGACAGGCGACAGCGUCGUCCUGGGGAAGGCCAAGGCCCUGGGGGUGGACGCGCUGCUCACCAGCCCCAAGGCAGCGCACGACGCGCCGCCGGACGCGCGUGGCUUAGUGACAAAGUGGGCGUCCGUCGAGCUGCUGCUCAGCCUGGGUCACUCUGUGCUGUACAGCGAUGUGGACGUGGCGCUGCUGGGGGACCCCUUCACGCUGCUGAGGAGGGACUGUGACCUGGAGGCCAUGAGCGACGCCGCGGACGAGCGGUCGGCGUACGGCACAGCUGAGCCAACGCAAAGCGCAGCCGAGGCUGCCGGCGGCUCUGCCAGGCGCCGCUUUGUGGUGGCGGGCCUGUCGCCUGGCCUGUUCUACAUGCGGCCAACUCAGGCCGCGAUCGAUCUGGCAGCCUCCAUGGUCCGCGGCCUCCAGGCUGGGCGGGAAACAGAGGCCACCCUCCUCACGCGCGCCGCGCUCGCACCUGCCCACGCCGAGACCUCGAGGGACACGCGGGUGCGGCUGCUGCCGUUCGGCCCCGUCCUCGCCGGGCGCGCCGUCUUUGCGCUCCCCGCGCACCCCGAGGCGCCAGCACCGGCGUCGCGGAGGGGCAGGGACAAGCGGGACGCAGCGCACGAGGAGGACGGCGAGGAGGCCGCGCUGCUGUCGCCGCGCGGGGACCUGCUGCGGCGGCACGGGACGGUGGCCGUCCACGUGGGUGGCGGUGCGCCCGCCGGGGAGCGGCUGCUGCGGCUGGAGGCGUUUGCGGCGUACGGCUUGGGCAGGCCGCGGGCGCUCGAGGCGCUGCCCGCGGACAGCGGGGGCGCUGGCCUCGGGCCCGCCGCCGCGCGCGCGCUCAAGAAGGCCCCGGCUGCGGCGGCGGUUGCGGUGGAGGGCCGUGCGUGGGCGAACACACUGUGGUGA